AGUGACGCUGCUACGAAACAGCGUAGACGCGAGCGGACGGACGGGCGGGCAGACAGGUCUGUGGCUGUUAGUCUCAUACGAGCGGCGACGAGCAGCUAUGGCGCUCCGACUUCCACUCUGCUUCCUGCCGCGCUCGCCGGCGUCGCUGGUGGCGGCCGCCGCCACGCUGCUACAGCGCCGCCAUCUUGCCAGUGGGGUGGACUCCCAGGGUGCAGAUACAGUUCCCGUGGUCACCCGUUUCACGCCGUAUCUGAAAAUAAUCUCCAAAUGCGUGGCGACGGGCCCGCUAGAGAAUUGGGCGCACGUGCGCAGACGGCCGAGAAGCCGAGAAGCGCCCAGCCCCCGAGCCACGCCCUCGGGCAAACGACCAGCCGCUGGAGUGGCAAGGUGGGGAGGACGCGCGGGGCCAUAG